CGGACGCCCCUCGGGGCCGCGCCGCAGCUAUCCGCGCCCCGCUUAUCAUGCCCCCGGCCCGGGUCGGGGCCGCCCGAGCAGCCAAGACACCAUGCCCGAGGGCGGCGGUGGCGACGGCGGAGAGGUGCCCGCCCUCAUCCCGGACGGCGAGCCGCUGCGGGAGGAGCAGCGGCCCCUGAAGCAGUCCCUGGGAGGCUCUCUGUGCCGAGAGUCUCACUGGAAGUGCCUGCUCCUGACGCUCCUCAUCCAUGCCUGUGGGGCUGUGGUGGCCUGGUGUCGUCUGGCCACCGUGCCCCGCCUGGUCCUCGGGCCUGAGGCUGCCUUGGCUCGGGGGGCAGGAGGCCCACCGCCUACCUACCCAGCCAGUCCCUGCUCGGAUGGCUACCUGUACAUCCCUCUGGCCUUUGUCUCCCUCCUCUACCUCCUCUACCUGGCAGAGUGCUGGCACUGUCACGUGCGCUCCUGCCAGGCGCCUCGAACCGACGCCAACACAGUGCUCGCCCUGAUCCACCGUCUGCAGCAGGCACCGCCGUGCGUCUGGUGGAAGGCCACCAGCUACCACUACGUGCGCCGUACCCGCCAGAUCACCCGCUACCGCAACGGUGAUGCCUACACCACCACGCAGGUCUACCACGAGAGAGCCGACAGUCGCACGGCCCGGGGCGAGUUUGACUAUUCUGCACACGGUGUCCGAGACGUGUCCAAGGAGCUCGUGGGCCUGGCUGACCAUGCGGCCACCCGGCUGCGCUUCACCAAGUGCUUCAGCUUCGGUAGUGCCGAGGCCGAGGCCUCGUACCUCACCCAGAGAGCCCGCUUCUUCAGUGCCAACGAGGGCCUGGAUGACUACUUGGAAGCCCGGGAGGGCAUGCAUCUGAAGGACGUGGACUUCCGAGAGUCCCUCAUGGUCUUCGCAGACCCCCGCAGCCCACCCUGGUACGCCCGAGCCUGGGUCUUCUGGUUGGUGUCCGCGGCCACGCUGUCCUGGCCACUGCGCGUGGUAGCCGCCUACGGGACGGCGCACGUCCACUACCAGGUGGAGAAGCUUUUCGGUGCCAGCUCACCACCCCCGGGAGCUGUGCCCAGCGGGCCCCCGCUCUCCCGCGUGGCCACUGUGGACUUCACCGAGCUCGAGUGGCACAUCUGCUCCAACCGGCAGCUGGUGCCCAGCUACUCCGAGGCUGUGGUCAUGGGUGCCAGCUCCGGGGCCUACCUAAGAGGCUGCCAGCGCUGCCGGCGCUCGGUCAGCAGCAACUCCCUGCCUCCUGCCCGGCCCAGUGGGCCCCGCCUGCCCUUCAGUCGCAGUCGCCUCUCCCUGGGUGCUGGGGGUCGGGCUACCCCAGGGGUCUUCCGUAGCCUGAGUGGAGGCCCCCUGGGACGGCGUGGGGAGGACACGGAGCCCCUGGAAAGCCCUCCAUGCUAUGAGGAUGCCCUUUACUUCCCGGUGCUCAUCGUCCAUGGGGACAGCGGCUGCCGGGGGGAUGGGCAGGGUGCACGCUGAGCACACCUCAGCCCCAGAGCAGUGUCCCUCUCCUCACCAUCCCACCAUGGCCUUGGAUGGCUGAAUAAUUGUCCAAAACAGGAGGGAAAAACAGACCAGCCACGCACAAGGGGUGGGGGUGGGAUGGGGUGGGGUUCUUAGACUAAAAUGCAGUGACUUGUGGUCAUUUGGGGGUGGGGGGGAGUGAAAGCCACCUAAGUUCUGUGAUCUGUCCCCAGCAUGGCUCCCCCAACCACCACCAUAUUCUACCCCCUGUGAUAGCAGAUGAAGCUGGGCAGGGAAAGAAGCUUCCAGAAAGAUUGAGGUGGAGAGGAGUCCUGGUCACAGUUGCCUACUUUUCUGCCAUAGCUGAGGCUACAUGGGGAGCCCUCUUGCAACCUAGAAGCACAAACUGGUGGCCUGGGGCUAUGCCCAGCUGGGAUGGCUGCCCUGAGGCUGGACAGCUGGCUUCAGCUGCCCAGCAGUUUCCAUCCUUCCUGCUUCCACCCUCUGGCCCUGCCUAGAUUGUUCCUGGACUUUAGGGCACAGCCCCCCCCCCACCAGAACCCACUUCUCAGAGCACAGCCUUGUCCCUCAGCUCCCCCCUGAUCUCCCUGGUGCCCACUGCACCCUCACUACAUCCAGCUUCCCCUGUGACCCAGGGUUCCCCCCUCAGGGUCCCAUCACCGGCAGCUCCAGCCUCCCAACAUCCAUGUCUGCCUCUGUCAGUCACGCACAAACCCCAGCCUUGUCCCCAUCUUUCCUCCAGGUUUCUCUGCUCUCCACCUCCCUGAGGAUCCAUAGGAUGCAGGACUACAGGGCAUCUGUGAGGCUUGGCCCUGGCCACUGCCUCUUCCAUGAUGCCCUUGCCUUGCCUUGGAGGCCCCUGCUUCUCCCAUCCAUGGAGCCUGGCUAGGGGACACCAUCCCUCCUGGGGGAGGAAAGAGUAGUCCCUUCCCUUCCAACUGGGGCUUCUACCCCCUCUCAGGGGCUGGCAGGGGAGGGAGGAGACAGAGAAAAUUAAAUAAAGUUAUGAAACGGA